UUAAAUCUGGAAAAAGAGAUUUUGUUAAAUCGAUCAAAAUUUAUUUAUAAAUAUCCUUUCGCGCAAUUUAAGAUUUCUAAGAUUUUUUUAAAAAUUAAUUUCGAUCACAUUCACAUGGAAUAUAUAUAUGUACACAUACAUCUGUAUAAUACGAUAUCCCUAAUUUUUCCACGAUCUUUGCCGCUAUACGUUAACUCCUUGUGUAACAUCAAAGUGCAAAAUUAAUAUAAAAAGUUGAAGCGCUUACUUCCAAUUAGAACCGCGGAAGAACAAAGUGGUUUAUUCCUUAUCGACCGCCUCUUAUAAAGGAUUAAUACUGUACCGUUUGCAAUUAUUCGAACGAUAAUGAAUUCUAACUUAACUCCAGUCGUUACUCGUUAAGCAAACAUUUGUAAUACAGGCAGAGUAGAGAUAAAUCCCUGUUUCGGCCGCGAAAUCCAUUUGAAACUGACUCUCGAGGCUCGCCAAUUAGAGCGCGGCCAUUUUGGAAUCUACCUGUUGCUUUGUUCCAACGUGAAACGCGUUAAAUACUCAAAUUUAAUAAUCUCUCCCUCUCUCUCUCUGUUGACCAUCGAACCAAUUCAUCGUAAACUGUUCCCCUCCACGAAACGAGAAAAAAACUUUGUCUCGCAAAUAUCGAAAGACAUUACAACUAUAACUUCCAAUUAUGAUAAUAGUUUAAUUUUUAAUCAUGUAAAACAAUGCAAAGAUAACAAUUUAUCGCUCCUCCUCUUCCACGAAACUAAAGAAAAAUUUUCCCUCCCGAUCCAUAUCGAAUAAUCUUAAAAUAAAAAUGUUAAAUCAGACACGACGGAUGACAAUAUAUGCUCUGAUAAAUAACGUGAUUUUUUACUCUUUCUUUCUCUCUCUGUUUUUCUACGCGAUGUACAGGAUCCAGGAGAAGGUCCAAUUAACCACGUACACGCGUUGUUGCAACGGUAUGUUCCAUCGUCGUCGUUUUCCCCGAAAAUAAACGAGCCCCGGUGAAAAUUAUAGGCGAAGAAUUGCUCGCGCGGGAAGAUCGGAUUCGCGCGAACGUCGGGCGAAGCCAGUAGGAUCGAGAUACGAUAGAUAGACAGUCGGGUAAUUAGCGGCUGCUGAUUGGUCACCUUCCUCCUCGAUAUAUCCGAAGCUGGUCGGGGAUGCAGGAGCGUAUAAACGUGUUGCGUGAACACUGUGUAUGGUGGGGGCUUAUUUACUCGCUAUUCAAACGAUGCCGGGUUGGCCGAUCGGCGAUGAGACGAGGAACGCCAGUCCGUGUCUGACACUCGUUGCGUUCGCGCGAUGCGUUUCGAACGGUGUAUCGAUCCUGUGUCCCAUCGUUCCAUGUCUCCACCGCGGGAACGAUGCGCCAAUGAUUUGUGAUGUGCCGAUCAAACAGUGUUCCUAUUUAAAUGUCCAAAUAUAAAUAGACCCUUUACUCGGUCGGUCAUUCGAAUUUCGAUAAGAUUGUGAAUAGAGAAAAAUUUCUCUCCUCUUUCUCUCUUUUUUUCUCUUUCCUUUUUUCCCCCCUUCCUUUCUUUCUUUUUCGAUAUUUUCGAUCGUCGGUGUUGUUAUAUCGAUUCUCGAAUUUCGAAACCGAUCGACUCUCUCCCGCUCGAUCGAUCUACGAUUCUUGAACGAUCGGGAUAGAACACGUGGAGCUCGAGAGUGACAUGAGACAACCUGUUCGUUGGAGGAGAGACGUUCGCGCGGCGAGAUAGUGCGAAGUGAAACCGCGAGAGAAGAAUCGAUCGUUGCAAAUAUUCGACGCGUGAAACGAAACGGUUGAGAAGUGAAGAGAGGAUCGGUGACGGGCCUUCGGUCCUCGAGGACCUAAUGGCACCCGACCUUGAGAAAAGGCGACAGGAACUAAGGAGGACCAACAGCGGUACCUUGGAACCGGGCAACGAGCAUCUUCAAAUGCUACUGCAGUUUCGGUGUACCGGAAAUGCAUUGAUUGAGCCUUAUCGACACGGUUACAAUGCAGGAGAAAGGUUGUCAGCGGUGACAGGAUCGGUUCAAAGAAGCACCGUCACGUCGAGCAACCGUGCGCAUUCUGCCUCUAGGAGAAUAAGCCAUCAGCAACGCCAGCAGCAGCAGCAACCGCAGUUACAGCAACAGCCGAGGAUACCGCUGGGAUCUUUACGAAACUCGGAUGAGCACGGGGCGAGGGCCAAUUCGGCACAAGACAGUUGCGAUAACUCGAACGAUUCCGGCCUCGGUUUCGAGGAUCGUCAUCAACAUCUCACCAACGCAAACGUUAGUGAAGCUUGGAACGGAGCCGGCGAGGAAGACUCGAAGAGGAGGAAGAUGGACAUCAAGCUCGAGUCCGAGGACGCGAACUUCGCCUUUCCGGAGGUUGGACACGCGACGAGCCCGGAGGCGAAGGCUGCCACGAGAGGCGCGUCCAAUGGGAUAGGCGGAUUGGCCACCAUCUCCGGGAACAGGCAGGGAAAUGGAGGAACGGGGAGGGUGGUCGAGGUCUCGAGAUCUCGGUCCGGAUUGGGCGUACUCGCCAAGAGAACGUCCACGGCUCAACAGGGUCCUGUCACCCUCACCUCUCAAUUGUGUAACUCUUCCGCGGAUGGCAAGGUGCAGUUGCAGAUUAUCUGUCAACCGGAGCAACAGCACAGGGCUCGUUACCAGACGGAAGGCUCGAGAGGAGCGGUGAAGGAUCGAACCGGGAAUGGAUUCCCGAUCGUCCGCCUGGUCGGCUACGACAAGCCGACCACGCUUCAAGUUUUCAUUGGCACUGAUCUCGGCCGCGUGGCACCCCAUAUGUUUUAUCAAGCGUGCCGCGUGAGCGGCAAAAAUUCGACGCCAUGCGUGGAGCGCAAGAUCGACGGCACGAUCGUGAUCGAGGUGGACAUGGAUCCGGCCAAGGAUAUGAUAGUGACGUGCGAUUGCGUGGGCAUUUUGAAGGAACGCAACGUGGACGUAGAGCACAGAUUCCCUCAGGAGGCUGGGGUGCUUCAGGGGCGCAGCAAAAAGAAAUCGACCCGUUGUCGCAUGGUUUUCCGCACGACGAUCACCCAUCCCGACGGUACAACGGAAACUUUGCAAGUUUGCUCGCAACCGAUAGUUUGCACCCAACCGCCGGGAAUACCGGAGAUCUGCAAGAAAUCGCUCACGUCGUGUCCGUGUACCGGAGGAUUAGAGUUAUUUAUACUUGGGAAGAACUUUCUGAAAGACACGCGGGUGGUAUUUCAACUGGACAACGACAAUCUAUCGAGUAGUUUGGAACCUCAUUGGGAAUGCGCUGUUCUACCCGACAAGGAGUUUCUGCAGCAAACUCAUCUGGUUUGCGUCGUGCCGGCGUACAGGCGACAAGAUCUGGCACCCUCAGAAACGGUCAGCGUUAAAUUGUACGCGGUCUCCUCGGGAAAAACCAGCGAGCCUCACACGUUCCUUUACACCGCUGCGUCUACGCCACCCGAGCCAUCGGUGGGUAAAGUUGAGCCAAUAACUCCACCUCUGUCCACCACGAAUGGUGAAGUUGCACUAGCAACGUCUCCUGUAGUGGUGCCCCUGACUAAAGGUGUAUCACCGAACACUCUGAUUACACAAGCAACCGCGGGAACGGCAAAUUUUUUAACGACUAUACCACCGCAACAAGCACCGGUGAGCCAAAAAACGGAGGCGCUUAAGAACGACCCCAGCCCACCGCCGGUGACAGCAUCGUCUCAGGUAACAUCGGUUAUGAUGUGGGCAGCGCAAAGUCCCAAUUGCAAAAAUUCACCGCCCGACGUGAUGAUGCCACCACCGGCUUUGGUCGCGAAUCCGCUGCUAAGUCGUAGAUCAUCUUCGAAUCUUCAAUUGAGUUUGUUAGAUAAUUUGAAGACCGAGGUCCUGGACGAGAAUAGUGAGAAUAGUAUGAUCAGCGAGAACAGCAUGCAAAGCAUACCGACCCCGACCGCGAAUGGUUCGACGGGUACCAGCCCAUUGCAACAGCUCGUGAGCGAGAACUCGAGGGAGACGCCGCAGGCUAAUAUGAUCAGAUCGGUUCCCGUGGCGGCGAAUGGUUCACCUGUACAGGAAGCGGUCAAUCUUCUCGGCGUGGUAGAUCUAAUGCGAAACCAGCAUCAGUUGUCGAUGGUUUCGACACACCAGAACACGUUCGGAGGUAUGCACGACUCGUCUCAAGUCAAAGUUCUAAGUCCUCAUCAUAUCAACAAAGAAACUAACUCAAUAUUGCCGGUAGAAGGCACUCCUAAUGGAAGUCUUCAGGGUGGCGGUGUUGUUGAUCUUCGCAUGAAGCAUCAUCAGACGGAGUUCGAUACACUGUCAAAUUUUACCGCCACGCCGAACGGACAACUGCCUGCACAGAGUGGCCAUAGCGUAGAGAAAUACCUUAAUCAUAUCGAGUCUAACGUCAAAGAGGCUGAGAAUCAAGAAAACGGAUUUGUAGGUACUAUACAGCAACGAGCUUCCAUUAUUACCACAGGACGACAACCUCAACAAGGACAAGCCUCCAAUAUUUUAGCUUCUCCCUCUCCAGGCGUCAAAUUAGAUACUCUCGUUAAUUCUGGCGCUGAAUCUCAUCAGUUGGUGUCGCCCCUGCGUACCGUGAAUCCUAAUAAUAAUACCAUAAUGAGUCAUGUUUCCGCAGUUACUGAUCACGAAACGAUCUCGAGUCCCCAACAAAGUAGAACUAGCCCACCCAUUCCGGUCAAGACGAUGCUUCUCGAAGCGUUGAUGCCGCCGCAGGCCGUACCAUCUUUACCAGGAAAUGGCGCAACCUCCGUUUCAUCGCCCGCAUCUGUGGUUCCAGAGCAGGCUAAUGGCGACAGUUUGCUCACCACUAUCAACGCCGCUUUAUUGCCGCCGAUCCAGGAAUCAACUGUGACUGCGACCGGUACGUCGAAUUCUAACGUUAGUGUACCAUCUCAUAAUCCGUUACAAGUUACGAACGAGACUAUGUCGACAGCGGCGGAGCAUAUUCCGCAGAUUCCGGCUCUUAUACAGCAAGAUGUUGUAGCGAUGCAGCAAGCGCAACAAGUGGAACAGGUUGUCGCGCAUGCACAACAACAAGUUGAACAAGUUGUCGCUCAGGCUCAGCAACAAGCGGUACAAGCGGUACAACAGGCGCAACAGCAAGUCGUUCAACACGUGGUGCAGCACGCACAAGUCGUCCAACAAGCUGUGCAACAAGUGCAAGCGGUACAACAAGUGCAGGCCGUGCCGGCUGUUCAACAAGCUGUACAACAAGCUACCCAGGAAGUGGUUCAGCAAGCGGUACAACAGGCCACGCAGGAAGUUGUGCAACAAGUUCAAGCGGUUCAACAAGCGGUCCAGCAAGCGCAAGCAGCUCAAGCGAUGCAGCAGGCGGUCCAGCAAGACAUCGGUUCUAUGUUAAAUCAGCCGGCAGGUUUCGUUGCCGAGGCUAGUUCUGCUUUAGCGAGUGGAGCGGCUCAAGAACCAUCGCAGCAAAGAUUGACCAAUGCUGCGGAACAAGCGAUUAACAAUGUAAUUACUAACGCUACUCAGGAUAUUAUUAAUAAUCGACCUAUUACCACGACUACCGCGCAUGCGAUUAUCGCGACGAAAAAUAUAUUAAACAGCGUGGCUACUCAAAGUGCGCAAUUAAUGAACAGUGCUAUGGAAGGUAUUUUGCCUAAAUCACCUUCCAACCAGAAUAAUAUCGUUGAACAGGUAGCGAAUAAAUCACCACCGGUUGCCUUACCUGUUACACCUAACAGACAAAAUGUAAACCCACCUAUAACAAAUACGGCAAACAAUACGAAUGGUACAACGGUUAGAAAACAGGAAGAUGGUAUGUUGCCUCAAGAGCUUACCUCGAUGUCGGAGAAUGAUCUGUUGAGUUAUAUAAAUCCGAGCUGCUUCGAUCCUCAAAAUGGUUUUCUUAUGUAGUACUGCCGUAUUCUUGUCAUUAAAAUAUAUAAUUGUGUAUUCGAUUUACUUUUUGGAUACAGAGAGAGAGAGAGAGAGAGAGAGGAGGGAGAGAGAAGAAGAGGGAAAGGGAGAAGGAAAGGAAGGACA